AUGAAAGCAACGCAUCCAGACAAGGCAGCAACACUUGACAACUUUUGCGCAAGCCCUGGCUGGUUUCAGGGCGUGCGCAAGCGACACAACAUCAAGAGCGUGCGACUACAUGGAGAGGCUGGCAGUGUUGACGAAGAGACAGCAGCAACGGCAAUGGCAGAGUUCAAGCAAGCAGUUGCUGCUACGAGCAUCACCAACCCCCAAUUCGUCUUCAACGCAGAUGAAACUGGUCUCUUCUACCAGACGUUACCUUCAAGACUCUACGUGUCUCGAUCGGAGCGCAGUGUUCGCGGAGUGAAGCAGAUGGCGGCAAAAGCACGGCUGACGAUCAUGACGGCAACAUCAGCAGCGGGGGAGAAAGUGCCACUCUUCUCUGUCGGAAAGAGCCGGAGACCUAUGUGCCUUCGUGACGACUUCCCACCAGUGCGGUACACGUCUCAAGCAUCAGCCUGGUUCGACACUGACAUGGCCAAUUACUACGUGCGUUUCUUUCUCAAGUGGAAGCGUUCACGCUAUGGAGACGAGCCUGUUGUUCUCAUCUGGGACAAUUGCCCGGCACACAAAAACGUCACCAACCCUGCGCCGAAGGAGCUGCACCUGUUGUUCUUGCCCCCAAACCUAACGUCAAAACACCAGCCCAUGGAUAUGGGCUUGAUAUCGGCCGUGAAAAUGCGAUACAAGGCAUACGUGCUGCAGCAGCUCCUCGCAUACUACGACGACGGGCAGCAGACACCACUACCGAAGAGCCGUGGCUUGCGUGGUCUUGCCCAUGGAGCGCCACCAAACAUUCGAGACGCGUUGACGAUCUUGAAACGAGUGUGGGAUGAGGUCAAGCCUGAGUCAGUGGUGCGGUGCUGGAUGAAGGCAGCUUGCCUACCCGAAAGCUUUUUCCCACAGCAGCAUACACAGCAACAGCAGCGAGUGACUUCGGAUGAGAUGCUGACAGAACGGAGCAGUGAAGAGGAAGGGCAGGAAGGGGAGGGCGGACAGCUGGUACAAGAUGGGCUCGGAGCGGAGAAUGAACAGUACGAUGAGGCGGAACAGAGAAGGACGGAAGAGCAGGAGGCGAUUGAUGAAAUAAGUCACCUCGCUCAAUCACUGCAAGCCAGAGUUUCAAUUGCAACUGAUGCGCGUGUUGAGGUUGUUGCGGAGGGAACGGAGGAGUGGGCGACGUCAGAUGAUGACCCUGAUAUCGUGAAUGCAAUGAUUGAUUUGGAGCUUGAGCGCAUAGAAAGCAACAGCAGCACAACCACCACAAGCAGCGACGACGACGGGAGUGACUCUGACCAAGACGAAGCGACACCGACCGCACCGACACGUGCGGAACGACGUUGA